AUGGACUCCAAUGUUUGGUCGAUUCCAUGGCCACGCGAACUUCCAGUCGUGGUUCGGAGCUUGCAAAAGCUACCACGAGAAAUAGUCCAUCAAGUUUUGAGCGAUUUACCAGUCAUCAAGAUACUAUCCAUUCUCUCUUGGCAAUUACCAUACCUCGAUGAAUGCGUUCUUUCUCAUAUAGUCUACGGUCGAUUAUUCAGCUCACAAGGUGAAAUAUCGCAUGCUUCAAACCACUACAGACUUUAUCGCGAGAUGUGCUGGUUUCGCCGCUGGCCUCCUGCAGACGCAGAAUCCGUAUUUGCAAGGUCACCCCAGAUGCUCUUGAGUAACUGGGUAAGCUUCGAUCUCUUAAUCUCGAAAAUGAGACGCCUGAUUAGAGUUGGCUUGUACAUAAACGAACCUGAUUUCGAUCUUCUCGUCAAGUAUGGAAGACCUUUUCCAUGCAUUACAGGCAUUGAACUUGAUGAGAAUGGAUCUUCUCUCGAUUUGAAACUUCCAUGGGACUAUUGGAAUUGGAUCAAGCAUGCUAAGAUGGAACUCAACAAACGGAAAUCCGACCAAAUAAGAUUCUCAGCACAUUUGAUGGAGAAAUAUCCACGAGUUCUCAAGAGACCGCUUGAUCCAUCGCAGGGAGCUCUUCGGCCCAACACUACUCAUACUGUGGUUAUGCUUGAGAGACUAGCAAUGAGAACUCUUAAGAACAGAAAUUUAUCCCAUUAUUGGGAUCAUCAUCAAGGCCUGUACAAGUCGGGCAGAUAUGUUAUUGAACUAGUACCAUAUGAUCGAUACCUUCAGUUACUACUUGACACGUUAGCCAAGUAUCCACUCGAUAUCGAAGUCACUGGUCUUGAGGAAACUCUGGCCAACGUUUCCUUACAUAAUGGCUGCCAAGAAACGACCCUAGAAGGUACCGAGUUGGCUACUAUUCUUGAAAGCGAUCCUAAUGACUUCAUGUACCCAGAAAAUAUUACUGCUAGUUUAAGGGUAGUAUUAAAAGGCUUGAUGUAUAUAUACACAGAGCCACCGUUAACAAUACCUCGAAUUCAAUGGGAACCACCUAAAGACGACAAUUCCUCGGGGAAGUGGCCAAGGUUCUUCGUUGAUAAAGGAAUACAUGAACAUCCACACUUCGAGUAUCCAUGUGCAAAUCAAAAGAUAAAACCUUACGAUAAAAGAGAGUAUGAAUGGCUAGCAGCUUUUAUCGAAGUAGUCACAUGGAUAGAGUUGAAUAUUGGGCCGGCGAAGGAAGAUUUUUAA